AUGGAAUUCAAAAUUCACAUGGUGUUGUUUUCAGUGGGUUUUUCUCAGUCCAAAGUUGAUUAUUCUUUGUUUACUAAGAAGGAAGGAGGAUCUUUUGUUGCCUUGUUAUUGUAUGUUGAUGAUAUCCUCUUAGCUAGUAGUGAUUUAGCUGUUCUUGAGAAUGUUAAAAAAUCAAUAGUUGCUGAGUUUAAGUUGAAGGAUUUGGGGUCUACAAAAUUCUUUCUUGGAAUGAAGAUAGCUUGGUCGAAAAAAGUUAUCUCUUUAUCUCAAAGAAAAUAUUGCUUGGAAUUAAUUUCAGAUGCUGGAUUACUUGCUGCUAAACCAGUCUCAUUUCCCAUGGAUCCUCAUACAAAAUUAUCUAAAGAUGCUGGUGAACUAGUAGAUGAUGUUUCAGCUUACAGAAGACUUAUUAGAAGAUUAUUAUAUUUGACUCAUACCAGACCUGACAUUACAUUUGAUGUACAUCAUCUUAGUCAAUUUUUAGAUAUUCCUAGAAUGCCUCAUUUACAAGCUGCUAUGAGAAUUUUACGAUAUCUCAAAUCUGCUCCUGGACAAGGCUUAUUUUUUCCAUCUUCAUCUAAAGUUCAUCUCAAAGCUUUUUCAGAUUCAGAUUGGGCCAACUGUCUUGAUACUUGUAGAUCCAUAAGUGGUUUUUGCAUUUUCAUUGGGGAUUCUCUUCUAUCAUGGAAAUCAAAGAAGCAACACACCAUAUCACGAUCCUCAGUAAAAGCUGAAUAUAGAUCCAUGGCUGUCACUGUUUGUGAAAUUAUCUGGCUUAAAUCGUUACUUGCUGAUCUGCAUCAACAUCAUCCUCAAUCAGUUCUUUUAUUUUGUGAUAACCAAGCUGCUCUUCACAUAGCAGCCAAUCCGGUUUAUCAUGAACGAACUAAACACAUUGAAGUCGAUUGUCAUUUGGUUCAUGAUAAAUUACAAGAGGGUCUUAUUACCACUUUACAUGUAUCUUCUACUCAUCAGCUUGCCAAUUUAAUGACUAAACCUUUAGGUUCUAAAGUUUUUGAAGUUCUUUUAUCCACGAUGAAUGUGCAUAAUAUCUACACAUCAUCUUGA